AUGUUUAUCAUAUUCGACACGGGCUCGGGCCUGAUGUGGGUUCAGUGCAACCCAGACAACUACUACGCUCUGACACCGGUGUUCGACCCCAAACGGUCCUCCACCUUCCGCAAGGAGAUGUGCAACGACCCGGCCAGUGCCUGCUCUCCUAGUUACGGAUGGGUCACUUGCGAUUACAAGUACUGCAGGUUCGAAAUCGCCUACGUCAAGGGAGAGUGCAGUGGUUACCUUGACCGGGAGACAUUCGAGUUCGAACCACUCGAUAACAACAACAACGAGGAGGAGGCCGAGAGGUUCACGGGGUCCUCGCGCUUUGCCUACUGCAUCGGCAACAUCAGCGACCCCACGUACCCUUACAACAUACUGAUUUUAGACGAUAAGGAUGAGAUCGGGCUCCACGGCACCCAAACACCCCUCAUCGUCAACAACCAUUACUACAUCUACCUCGAGGGAAUCACGGUCGGAGGUAAAAAUGUCAUGGGAUUCGACUUCCGCAUGUCGAUGCUAAUGGACUUGGGCGCAACCUACACCUUACUACCCAUGGGGUUGCUCAAGAAGCUCGAGGCUGCAGUCGCGGACGUGAUUGGAGGGACCCUGACUAGGACCUAUACGAUUAAGUUCAAGUCGUACACGUUGUUGUGCUAUGUAGGGUUUGUGGGCAGGGACCUGGCCAGAUUCCCCGUUGUGGAAUUCAAGUUCAACGGCGGGGCCGUGCUCGAGCUCUCUGCUGAAAACAUGUUCAGGGACAACGGGGAUGGCAAUUUCUGCCUCACGACAGCCACAUCUGAGGACCAUGACUUUGAAUUCGGCAUCCUGGGGAACUAUAUGCAGCAAUACUAUGAAAAAUUAAACUCACCUUUCAGUGUGAUGUUUUACAUCAAAAUUAAAUCUCGUGUUUGGUGUAUUUUACAUUAA